CGGCGGGCUGUGGUGUAGCUCCGACCGCGGUACCAGCAAGGAAGUCUGUCUCAGAGGUGUCGCCAUGGUCGAAGCAGCUACGACGUCUGCUGCUCGUGAAGAUGAACGCUUCUUCCAACGGCACUCGAAUCUGCGCGAGUUUCUCUGCGGCGGGACGGCUGCCGCUAUCAACAUUGUGCUUACGUUCAUCCCAAACAAGAUUAUGUUUCGACAGCAGGUGCUGCCUUCGUCGGCCGAUUUUGAUUGCCCCACGCUCAACUAGAACUAUCUGUAGCUGUACGGCACGUCCACAGUCGACGCGUGGUCUAGUAUACAAGCAGAUGGCUGGUCAAGGCUCUACCGCGGUGUUCGUCCGCCUUUGAUGCAGGCAGCGGUUUCGAAAUCCAUUAUGUUUGGGCUGUACAAUACGUACUACACCAAGUUAACAGACACAUUUGGCCCCGAGAUUGGUGGUAUAUCCACAUCACAUUACGCGGCAUUCCUCUCGGGCACGUCAGAAGCGAUUCUGACACCAUUCGAGAGGAUUCAAACGUUGCUCCAAACCACAAAGUACAACUCAACGUUUUCAAGUGCGGCAGAUGCUGUCGUCAAGGUCACGCGCCGCGGCCUCCGCGAACAUUAUCGUGGUGUGACAGCGAUCUUGAUCCGCAAUGCCCCGUCCAACAUUAUCUUCUUUGGCCUUCGUGAACCUGUGAGGGACUUGUUGCCCCUGACGACGACGUCCCACGGCACGUUUGCUGCCGAUUUUGUCAGCGGCGCUGUGCUCGGAGCAUUCCUCAGUACGCUCUUCUUUCCACUCAAUGUGGCCAAAACCCGCAUGCAAAGUGUCUAUGCAACGCGGCGGCAUAUGGGCGUAAUGGAAGCCCUGGAACUGACGUACCACGAGAGAGGGGGCAGCUGGGCAAAGGUCUACCGUGGCGUCCACAUCAAUUUCGUACGGUCGCUCGUGACCUGGGGAAUUAUCAAUUCUACCUACGAGAAGCUCAUGGCGUUAACCGAAUAAUUUUAACCAUAUUAUUGUUGUGUGCUGA